AUGAAACCUCCACCGUCCGCAUCGCACAAGGAUAUGCCUUCGGUCGUGGUCCUAAUCCCAGCAAACGAUGGUGAUCAGAGCAAGCGUCGCUCCGUCUCGAAUUCGCCAUCGAAACAGCGCCAGACGCUCACUUAUGAUAAUCUGCGCAGCGCACCCCCAGUGCCAUCAUCGUCAUUAUCAUCAUCAUUAUCCUCGUCAUCAUCAUCAUCAUCAUCAACAAGAGUUCCUUCUUCAUCAGCGUCCAACCACAAGCCUUCCGCCUCCUCUUCGUCGCCUUCAUCAAUAGCUUCAUCGUCAAGAUUACCACAGGCUUCCUCGUCAAGGCUCAGCAUCCCGACCGCUUCCUCUUCGUCAUCAGCGUUCGAACCGGUAACAGCCCCGCGGAUCAAACUCAAUAGACCUCAACCGUCUUCCUCCUUGUCGAAUUUGGUCUCGUCAUCACCGCUUUCGCGGCGACCUUCGAGCCCCUCCUCUUCGUCUUCUUCCUCGUCUCGCGCCCUGUCCACCGGCAGCCGUAGCCAUAGUCACAGAAGCCGCAAUGCCCAUCAUGAUCAACCGGUCGAUGUCUCCGACCCUUUUGGAGAUGAUGCAUUCAUGUCGUCCAAGCGCGUCCCACCGUCCAACCACGAUCUCUACAUCUGCAAAUGGCGUCUGCGUGACAAGAAGGGUGUACUCGGUCCUGUCGGGCACAAGUAUUGUCAUGCUCGCCUCAUGACACCCACCCUCCUUGCACGACAUGUGCUCCAGCAGCACACAGAGCCUCAGCAGCAUUCUCACACCAACGACAUACAUUCCAAGAUCGCAUGCAAGUGGGACAGCUGCUUCAAUCGCCACUACGAUUCCGCCGGCCUCGCUGCACAUUUGGUGCACGAUCACUUCACGCGUCAAAUGGGACUCAGAUAUGCUUGCAUCGCCAAUCAGUGCUCCUAUAAAGCACCCAUCACCUCUUACGACGCUUUGGCAAUGCACCAUGCGCAGUACCAUAGCGACGUCAUGCUCUCGAGCCACAAUCGAAAGAUUUGGCGACCCAAGAAAGCAGAGAUCAACCCAAACCUAGCCUCGAAGAUCUUUGCUGCACUUGGCAAAAUCGCUUCCGCUCCGAAAACCAUCCCCAGGAUUCCCGUAUCAGACAGUGCCAACCCCAAAUUGCCUCUUCUUGACCAACGAAAACGUACGAAGCGCCAGAUUGAGCUCAAACAAAAGACGUUCGAUCCAUUCAUCGUACAGCCAGGGGACGGACAGGAGCACGAGCCCUGGAUCCAUUUGCACAAGCGACUCCAGAGACGUGUCGAACAAGAGGCUCAACAGCAGGAAGCUGACGAUGCCAUCUUGCGCGCAGCGCCGUACGAAGAGCAGGACCUUGCCGGUCUCUUGUCAAUCGACGUCGAUUGCCAUGGUGAUCCGACUCUCAGAGCGAUCGACGAGGGGAUACGAUCGGCACAACACUAUCACACCGGCAGCUCAUCCACUUUGGGGGCCAGCAAACACCACACAGCAUCCAGUAUCAUGCUCCCUCCACAAGGAUAUUGCGAGGUAUUGCUUUCGCAGAAUGACCCACUAGAUCUGGUCGAAAGCAUUGCUCCAAAUUCGCUCAAAUCAAUAGAAAGGGAGAUGAGGUUCGACGCGUCUUUGUCGAAGCAGCUUCGGUGGGCGGAUCAAGUCGUCCGCGGUAAGACUGCUCAAUCUCGCCAAGCAGCCUUGCACCCGGCGGCACUGGACGAAAGUUCCGACGACGAAGAAGCAACGAACGACUGGGCGCCUCCCUUGCGCCUUACGCCAUACCAUCCCUCCUCUCGAUCCCGCCUUGCGGUCACCGAAGACAGCUCUUCCGAGCAAACGCCACGAGCUAUUCGGCGUCGACGCGGGGCAUCACCGACAUACGCCUUGUCGAGCGAUGGAAUGUCGGCUGCAUCGAGUCGUUCAAGCUCGCCCGUCGAGCAUGCAGGCAGCUCGAGUAUCACGCACGUCUACGGGUCGAAUCUCAUGUCCAUGGACUUGCCCCUGAACCGAGCAAAGAGGGAACGCGAAGACGAUGGCCCCGAUACAACCUUGCUGUAUGGGAGCGGUUACCGCCACGAGCCGCCAUCGUCCAGAGUGAAGCUCGAGGACACUUUGAUCGACCUAACCGGCUCUUCCAGCGAUGAAGAUCACGUGGCGGCCCCCACGCAAAGGAAUGGGGUCAAAGCUGUUUUUGUCGAGCUCGAAGCCAACGGCAGCAUAGAGGUCGCUACCAGUCUUGGUCGGCUUUGCAACACAGUCAAACAAGAGCAUCGCAACACUUCCGUUCCGGCAAAGGAACGCACCAAUAAUGACCGAGGGCGAUUCACUCAACGAAUGCUAAAGUGA